GUAAGUAGAUGAAAAUUAAAUUUCAAGGAUCAGCUCAAUCAACCUAGUCAAUAUUACAAUGUCAAGUCGUGACUAAGCCUAAAGUCAUGCUUAUUUCCUUGUUUCGGUUCAAAUUCUUUGUACCUAUGGAUUGCAAAUGAAUAUAAACAAUGAUUAAUAUCGCCGAAACAAUAUUCAUGAAUUUAUCACGUGGGAAAGGAUACUGUGGUUACCGGUUAGCAAGCAACAAAAUGGUACAAGCCAGUACAAGGUACAAGUUAGUCACUACCUAUGAUUAGAUUGUGAUUAAGACUGAGUUAAUUUUAUAGUAUUUUUAUCAACAUUGUUUGUUGAUAAAGAAAGUGCUUGUUAACAAAAUUAAUCUCCUAAACGAGGCAUACUUAGGUGUAACGAAACGUAGUAUCAUCACAGAUUUUUAUCAUUUUUAGGAUCUUAAUUGCCAUCACAAACAGUACAAAAGGGAAGUACAGAUUGUCAAAAUUAAGUCAUUUCUUAGUUUACAAAAUAGUCUAGAUAAGAUUUAAACUGAAAACCGAAAUAAAAUAGCUCUAUUUCCUCUUUGGGAAUUGUUUGCAAAGUAAUGGUACUAAACGUAUUCUUUAUCUGUCAAAGCUGUCAGAUUCUAUUUUCAUCACAAAAAUGUGAAAAAUGUCAAAAUUGCUUUUGUGACUGUGAAUCGAAAGUGUUUUACUUUUUGUUAUUUAAUUUCUUGACAUUAGGUUUUUCUUCAUUUUUUACACAAUGAUUGCGAGGCCGUGGACAGACGACUUGCCGAAAUGUAAAAAUUCUUGUGUCGCAUCAUAUUUUUCGAGAUUGGGAGGAGGAAAUACAAAUACUAAUGAUGAUUACCUGUGUUUUUACUGCCAGACUGAAGAUAAUUUUUCCCUCUACGGAGUCUUUGAGCCCCACAAUGGGCUGGACGCAGCGAGGUUCAUCAUGCAGAGGAUGGCUGCUGAGAUACUGUUCCCGCCACCAUCAGCUAACACUGACGAGGAGAUUAGAGAAAGACUAAGGAAUGCAUUCAUAUCAGUAGAGAAAGCAUACAUAGAGAACUAUGAUGGUAUGAUAGCGGAGAGGACAAGCCUACAGUAUCAGCUGCAGACACUUAACGAAACACAGGUAUCCCAAAACUACAACAUCUUGGCCCGUCUAAAGGAGAUAGACGUACACCUGUCAGGCGGUGCAGCGGUAGUGAUAGCACUGGUACACGCCAACAAACUGUUCGUGGCACACGUGGGGGACACCAGGGCGUUACUCUGCAGGACUGAUGACAACGCAGUGCUGAGGGUCGUGCAACUCACCGUGGAUCAUAGUCUGAAUAACGAAGAUGAGUUGUUGCGGUUACAGCAGUUGGGACUUGAUGUUAAUAAGUUGAGGAAUUCACAAUACCUGGGCAACCAGACCGGUACGCGAUGCCUGGGUAACUACCUAGUCAAAGGACUAUACAAAGCUUUCCCUACAAUCAGUGCUGCCGUCACAGAGCCGGUCAUAGCAGCUCCUGAGAUACAUGGACCUAUUAUACUGGACGAGUCUUGCAGAUUCCUAGUCCUAGUAAGCGCUGGAGUGUACAAGCGUAUUCAAGAAGCUAAAGGCAGCUACGAACAAACCAACAAGCAGUUAGCACAGAUAAUAGUAGAGAACUUCAGAAAACAUGACUUUAGGAUGGUCAGCCAAUCAGUGCUUGAGGAAAUUGAGCAAGAAUUCGUGUCUUACUGCGUUAAGAACAGUCUUACGCCUAAACCAAACACACACAUGUCAUUAUUGAUAAGAAAUUUCAAUUUUUUGCCCACAAAUGAAGAUGAAAUCCCACCAACUCACAGUGUAACGAAAAACGCAUCAGUCCGAUUCAAUCCGAUUGUUCAAUCAAAAUCGAACACGUUACUCAACGAAAUCGAUUCUGAAAUUUACUCAUCUGGCACAAACGAGAUUGAGACGACGAACGAUUCUAAUAUCGAUACUAAUCGGUCUAUAGAAUCGACUUCAGAUAUCUAUCCUGUGGGCAGGCCGUUUGAUAGGGAUCGGAAAAUCAAGGGUUAUGUUGACUUUUCUUGUUAUUUUGAAAAUGUGGCUAAGGCUAGGAAGAAUGGGACAUUGCCUGAUUUUAUUAAAUGAUUACUUUUUUGACGUUGAAGAGUCAUUCUUGUCAUUAUGUUUUAAAGUAUUGUGAUACUAUUAUGUGUAUUCUUUCUUACACAUGCCUUGUACCAGAUUUCGUGCUUAUAAAACUUUUAAUUUUAAAGUUACAGUCUAUACCUAUUUAACAAACAAACAAGUUCACAUACACAUGACACC